AUGGACUUCGAUCCUAACAGCGAGAAAUGGGAAUGCUGUUGCUGUACGCUACCGUCUGGCCUACAAAUCCUUGCCGCUAGCGAAAUGUUGAUCGCGACAAUAAUUGCCGCAAUUGCCACUCAUCAUGUGGCUAGGGACACUGAGAGCCCUACCUACUUCGAGGUGUGCCUCAUCUCGAUGAUGAUUCUCAUGGCAGUAACUUCAACGAUGCUAAUCGUUGGGAUCCACAGACACGAUACCAGACUCAUCUAUCCAACAUUAAUCGCCCGAGUUCUCCUCAUUAUUUUUGUACAGGUGUUUGGAGUCUCAACGGUUGUCGCUCCACAACAUGUAAAUUCAAGAUGGGAUAAAAAAUCGAAAGAAGAAGAAGAAGAUGAGAAAGAACCGAACGUAGCACUACGAUUAGUAAUGCUCGUCUUCGCGAUGUUAGUUAUUACUGUACUCGUGUUCUACUGUAUCUAUUUGGUGGUACGGUGCUUACAAUAUCAGAAAUCCUAUUGUCGAAUGAAGGAACGUAGAGCAUCGUUGAUUCAUGCCAGUAUGAUCGAUCCUGAUGCCGGUUCCCGUAGAGCAUCAUCUCUACCCGGUCUUCCGUAG